UGAGAGUUUGUAACCCAAGCUGACUUACUUUCUCGAUUUAUACGUUUGGAUUUUGUUUUGUCACAGAAGUUCACAAAGCGUAGUGUCUUUGAGAGUUUCUGAAGUCUGUAUUUUAAAGGAUGGAUGAAUUUGUUGAUCCAAGUUACGAGUACGAUGCGCCGAUGUUUGUCGACUUCUCGAAAGACACAGGAGAUUUAGACCCUGAAGCGGAUAAGUGGUUUGAUGGAAAAGUAGCCGACGAAGGUGGCUGGGUAAUCGAAGAAGAUUCUUGUGAACAACGAUCUAAUGAACCUAACUGCGAAGCAUCAAAAAUUCUAGAAGAAGUGGUGAAAGAGAGCUCGUCUUCGCAGAACGAAGAACCACCAGUGGAACAGAAAGCUGAUACUGAACCUUUAGCGGAAGCUCCUCCUAAGAAAUCAGCUCCUAAAAACUGUGUGACUUCGUGGUCAGAGUGGGUAACAAAAACCCAAACAACAACGAACGAACAAGUCAAGACGGAAAGUGCCCCUCGUCAAUCUCAAGUCAGAAAGAAACGAGAGAAAAAGGUACCUGAAAGAAGAUCAGCUCGUCUGAGAACGUUGUCAACGUGUUCUAUUGCAUCAACAUCAUCCACCGUUUCCAGUUGUUCCUCUGAUGGUGGGCCAGCAAAGAAAGUCCCGAAGAUUAAAGCACCAUUGACAUUAACUGUUCCAGAUACGCCAAAUUUUAUGAGGAGGGUUGCUCAAUCCAAAGGUGAUAAAACCCAAGCACAGAAAACAAGGGAAGAACAGGAGCUGCAGGUCAUAGCACAGAAACAAAAGGAAAUGAUGGAAAAACUCAAACAGAAUAAAGUUUCCAUGAAGAAGGCUCUUGCAGGGCAGUCAUACAUGCCUUGUAGAUCAGCUGUUGACAAUCUUACUCGGGCUAAAGAAUUUCACUUUGCAACAGAUGAUAGGCUUGGUCCAAGUUCUCACCAUGCAAACAAUGAGGGCAAAGGAAAGGAUUUUGUUGGCUCUUUAAGGCAGCAUCCUCCUUCACCAACUUUCAAGAACAGGAAACCAACUGUUCCAGUGCCAUUCAAGAUGAAUGAAUCCAGGAAAAGAAAAGAACCUGAAAAUGACACUCCAUGUGGGGAGUACCAAUCAAUGGCACAAAGGGUUUAUCAAUGGCAGAAGAAGACUCCUGAGCGUUUCCAUGUGAAACCUGUCAGUGAACAGAACCAGGGGCCACCAGAUAAUAUAGAGAAGGCUUCCUUGAAGCUAACAGCUCCAAAGACACCAAAUUUAAGGUCAAGAGAUAGGAAAAGGCCACUUUCUGUAGACUGCAUGAGUAAAGAAGAACAAGAGAAGAUUCAGGAAGCUGAGAUGAAGAGUUACAAGUUCAAAGCUACUGAGCUUAACCGUAAAAUAUUUGACUGCAAUGGAACAUUAGGAGUGUACAUGGAACCAAAAAAGCCUCUUACUGCAGUUGAACCUUUUAACUUCAAUACUGAACAGCGUGCAGAGGUGCACAAAACAAAAGAACCACAGGCUGUCAUUGAGGCUGCUGAAUCAAAAGAAAUAAAGGCUAAUCCUUGUCCUGACUUCACCAAUGUGUUUAAGCCUGAACUGCCACAUAAAGGAACCCAGAUACAGCCAUUUUCAUUUGAGCAGAGAGACAAGGAAACAAAGCUUAAGAAAGAGGAGAAAAUUACAGCUAUCUUAGAGGAAGAAAAGAAGGCACAUGAGAACUUUCAUGCACAACCAUUGCCAAGUUUCACUCCUCCUCCUCUUCCUUCAUCAUCAAAACUCAUCACAGAACCUGUGCCUUUUGAUUUGUCAACUGAAAACCGUGGAGCUGUCAAGGCUGAGAAAUGGGGACAGCAGCUGCAGCAAGAGAUUCAAGAGGAAAGAAUGAAGAGAGUGUUUAAAGCUCGAUCCACCAAUGUUUUGUACAAUGCUCCAUUCAUACCUGACAAGUCCAUGGUCAAACCAAAUACAAAAAUUGAAGAAUUCUCUAUGAAUUCGGAUAAACGCGCUAAGGAAAGAGAAGUGUAUGAGAUGCAUAAGGCAGAGAGAGACCAAGAAGAAGAGGAAUUAAGGAAACAGAUAGAAAAAGAACGUGAAGAGGAGGAGAAGAUUUACUUGAAGAACCUGCGCAAACAACUAGUACAUAAACCAAAUCCCAUACGCAAAUAUCGUCCAGUAGAGAUCAAACAGAGUGAGAAAGAGCUUACAAAUGCACAAUCGCCCCAAUGGCAUUCAAAGAAGAGAAGAAAAAUGCGAGUAUGAUUGAUUUAGAACAGCAUGUUUUCAACAUAGAAAUUGUUAGCAAUUGUUAGCCAUGUUUUUGAUACAGGUAUUUUAUGAAAUUAUGACUCAGUAAGAGUGUGUGGCAGGUUGUGAUUGCAGAAUGAAUUGAUUGUGCUUGAGAAAGGCUUUGUCAAAAAAAUGUCAUAAGUCAUAUCGCAGAAAGCAGCAGUACAAUUAAUGUCAAAUAGUUAGUUUGUAAAAAAUUAGUAAAAUUUAAUUUGGUCUGUAACAUUUCCAAAAGUGACCAACAUUUUAAUUCUUAUCCUUGUUACUUGCAUAAAAUCACUCAAUUUUACUUGUACAUUCAUUU